GGUUGAGUCAGAAUUAGAGAUGCACCGAUAAAUAUUCUAGAUCUGAUGUGCCCAUCUAUUCAGACUAAUUCUAUGAUUCGUGCUCUGAACAAAUGUACCCAUUACCACAACAAAAGCCAACGCCUUCAGAAUAAUUUUGUUGUAUUUAUGUUUAGGCCUGUCGCGAUAAACAAUAAAUCAAUUAAUUGCACGAUAAAUGAAAACUAUCGACCUAAUUUUAAUUUAUCGGCUUUAUCGUUUCUUCCUGCCUUUUUCUCUUUCUAUUGAUGACACUGAAUGAAACACGGCUCAGCUCUGGUGCUCUCCACCCACCCCUCCCCUCUCUUCCUCAUUUUUUAGCGUAAGGGAGAAGUGAGCUAUAGUAUCAGGUAGUCGGGACGCACACCAUGUUGUACUUCUGCAGCUUUAGAGCCCUUGGGGAGUUAGGAAGCUAAAGAAACACUAUCUGAUAUUGGGGAAAAAAACUCCAAAUGGAGCUGGUUUCACAGCCGAACGCAACUGCAGCAGUGUGGGAGUAUUUCGGAUUCAAACCAAAUGACCGAGGCGAACCGCGGAACCUUUGCGAGCCGGUAUGUCACGUUUGUCAUAAAACAGUAGCAACUAAGAGCAGCAAUACAACCAACUUACAUCUGGACCUAAAGCACAACCAUCCAAAGACGUUUUCCCAGCUGGGGAAAAACGUACAACUGGUGGGCUGUCCCUGUCUUCAAGUUGGCAACAGUCCACCAUCAUUGAAGCAAUUAAUCGACAGGCAGCUAACAAAAAGGACAACGCAAAGUGGUGCAUGCUCACACACAGCAUAGUUUGUUUAAUUGGUAACGAGAUGCUCCCAUUUAAUAUUGUUGAAAAGCCGGCAUUUUCAAAACUGUUGCAAACAUUUGACAGACGAUACAAAAUCCCCGGGAAAACAUACAUAUCACAAACGGCGAUGCCACAACUGUCCAGCAGUAUUAAAGAGGACAUACUGAAGGAGAUAAAAGACAUUUCAUUUUACUUUGCUACAUCGGAUAUGUGGUCAGAUAUGACCCCUUAUCUGAGCUUGACCAUUCACUAUAUAGCUGCUGACUGGACCCUGCACUCUAAAUGUUUAGAGACCAGAUAUGUCCCAGAUAACCAUACUGCUGACACCCUGGGAAAAAACCUGAAAUCUGCUUUAGCAGACUGGGGACUGGAUGAGCACAAACUGGUCUGCAUCACAACAGACAGCGGCGCUAACAUGGUCGCUGCAAUAGGAAAUCCUGGCUCAGCUGCUGAGGCCUCAACCUCCACCUUGCUGUUUGGUGGUCUGGACAGUGACAAAGAACGGACAGCACGUCCCAUUGGACUCGGUAGACGUUUGGUCAAGACUUUCAACCUGAGCUUCCUUACAAAGAGAGACCUGAAGAAGGCACAGAAUGAAGCUAAUGUCCUCCAGCAAAAUCUCAUUCUGGAUGUUGUCAGCCGAUGGGGCCCUAAGCAGAAGAUGGUGUUGGAGCAACUCCCAGCUAUUAGACGAGUCCUGGCUCAAGACAGAAAGCACGGCCAUCUCAACCCAACCUGGCAGGAUGUUUUGGUGUUGGACUCCCUCAACGCAGCAAUGAAACCACUGGCUGACUUACAGAUGUCCUCUCAGGGGAAACAUACGUCUGUUAAGCCUGUGCUGGACCUGAUUAAAGGUGACCAUCUCUCUUCUGGCCAUGAUGGCAGCACCCUGACUGCCAGUAUUACACAAAACAUAUCCAAGACACUGACUGAAAAAUACAGCUCACCUGCCAUCCAAGCCCUCCUGAGAAAGGCCACCAUCUUGGAUCUGAGGUACUGUGGCAGCAUGGAGGAGGCAGUGGCAUUGGAUGACAUCAAGCAUCAGCUGGUUCAAGAGCUACUGGACUUAAAAGGGUCAGAAGUAAGUGAAGAAGGUGAGGGCUGCAGCAAAGCUGCUGGAGGAAACAAAGAUGACUCUACCGCUGCCCCCCCACCAAGAAGAAGAGGCUAAUUUACUUUCUUCAAAACAGAAGAGCUCAACUCAGAGGUCAGACCCAGGCUAGAUAUCCAAAAAGACAGCAGGCUGAUGCAGAACUGACCAAGUUCCUUCAAGAAGAUGCUGUUGAUACCUCUUGUGAUCUCUUGACAUGGUGGCAUGACAACCAAAGAAGAUAUCCUUUGAUGGCAAACUUGGCUCAAAAAUACAUGUGUGUUUGUGCAACGAGGACCAGUUCAGAGAAAAUGUUUAGUACAGCUGGAAACAUUGCUCCUUCUGAGAGAUCCUGCCUUAAGCCACAACAAAUAUUCAAUAUGUUGGUAUUUGUUGCUCAGAAUCUGUCUGACUAAAGCAGCUACAGAUCUGCUUAUAGAGGCACCUGCUCUUAUUUAGUGUGCUUUUGUUACUUUGCACUUUUUGUUUAUAAAAAUUGCAUUUUUGCCCAUCUUCUCUAUAUAAAUCUAAUGAUAUACAGACUUUAUAAUCUGUACUCUUGGAUGAAUGUAGUUUUUAUUUCCACUUUGGUUUUAUGUUGUGUUCAGUUUUUAUUCAAGCGCAUUUUUUGUUAACAGAGACUGAGAGUCCAUUUUAGGUCGUUUUGUUAAUUUUGUUGACCAGUUCCAGUGUUAAGUGUUUUUUGAAAAUAAAGUGUAUUUAUCUUUGGUAGGAUGUACCGUACUUGUAUUAUUAAGGCAUUAAAAUUACAUCGGAUCGAUAUCAGCCAAUACUAAACCUCACAUAUUUGUAUUAAAAUUGGAAAAAGUGGAUCGUGUUAUUCACAACAAAGUCACCUUUGACCUGCCAGUGACCCAUGUGACUUUAUAGUCACAUGACACCCAGCAUUCGAUCCCUUUUGUUCUCACGCGAAGGUGUGCCGAGUACAGGAGUGGUUGUGCAAAGCUAGUAGCUUUUGUAUUUAACGCAGUUUUCUUCUUGUGCUUGCAGCCUAGUUUAUGGUGAGUCUUGUCUUCCAGGAGCUGCACAAGCUACUUUCAGUUUCCACCAGAUAAGUGGUUGUUGCUCUGAUGAGUGCUAGGUUUUGUUUUUCUUUUUUCUACGGCAGCAGUUUAUUGUUCACUUUGAUUUGCACAUACCAUAUUUGUGGCUUUUUUGACUCACCUCUGGCAUUUUCUGCUCGCGCUCGAGUCCUUUAAUUUGCCUCUAUGGAGAUGGUGCUUAUUGUGGUGAUGAUAUGAUGAUGUAUAAUUUAUGAUGCUCCACCUAUCUGGCUUCACUCCAGCCUGAUGAUGAGCGUGACUCGUCUCCCUCGUGUGCAUCUCACUGUCAGACAACGCGUGCCCCAACUGUAGAGUCGUGCUAGGUCAGGCUAAAUCAGCUGACUGCGCUGAAGCAGCCUACCGACUGGGCGGGAUCUGCACAGCAAGACCUGUUGCCACCGGGACAGAUGGCGUGCCCAAUGCAGCCGACUGUGGAGGCACCUUUGAUGGACCGAUACGGGGAGGUUGUCCACAAAGGUGGAUCACUGCACUACUGAACUGGCCCAAAUGAAGGCCCUCUUCUGGUGUUUCAGACCAAUGCUGGUAGCUGCAUAGCACUUCCUUCUGAGCAGGACGGAGCAUCGGUCGACAGUAAUGAUGCUAUUUCAGUGGCAACCUUGGGUACCCAGUUCCUCGAUUACCUUCUGGAGCUCAGCUCCAGGGUCUCCGGUUUCUCCCUCAGAGGAGUAUAUAUGGGAACUGCAUGCCUGGCGACUAUGCAGGAGGCAUACAGGUUUGGCUUGGGGCAAAUGCCAGUUGUGGAACCAGAGAUUGCCAAAAACCUGCUCCCAUUCAGGGGUCCAGACAUCGUACUGCUUUUGUGUGGCACAGUUUGGCUUGCGCCCUCCCAGGCAUUCAAGAGGCAAGUUGGCCCGCAGGUAAUGUUUAAAGUCAUCAGUGAGUUAUUUUACCCCAGGACAGGUUGGUAGCUGGGCUCUCCACACCCAGACAUGUUGGCACUGUACACUCUGUCCCACGAGUACCAUCUUCAAUUCAGAAGCCAGCCCCUUGUACCUCACUGGGUGAGGAGGAUGACUGUCAUCCGCAACCCUGUGAAGGCACCGGCACUGAACCAGGAAAUCUGCACCUCGGUGGACCUCUGUCAAAACAUGUGGCCCCCUGUUGAAAGCCCCCUGGGCCUCUGUCAAAAUCCAGGGGGCUUUUAUUCCAAGUAUUUUUUUUUUUUAGAAGACCGGUGGUCUUUUUUUGAUCUCUGAAGGUCAUACCUUUUCGCAUGCUGACCACCAGGGAAGUUUUGCAGGCAAUUUCCCCAGGUGAUUGGCAAUUUCCCCAGGUGAUCUGUGAGAACCACUUCCAUGGUUCUCACAGAUGCUUGUUUUCAUGUCUCAAUUGCUCUGCCUCACUGGCGGUUACUUUGUUUUGCUUUCCAACAGAAGGAUUUGCAGUUUAUGGUCCCCCAUCUGGACUUAUGCUGUCUCUCAGGGAAUUCACCCUAUGUGUCACAGUGACCCUCUCCCCUCAACAGGAGCCAAGGCUAAGAAUCCUCCCGUACCAGGACGACUAGCUUAUUUGUGCAAUGACCUGCAACUAAGUGGUCCAGGACAAGCAGUUGGUGCUUAAUCAUGUGGGACACCCUGGACUGCAGGUAAACAUGGAGAAGAGUAAUCUGACUCGCUCACAACAGACAAUCUUCCUGGGCAUUCCCAUGAGUUCUGUCUUAAUGACUGCUUGCGCUUUUCCCCAGCGGGUUGACGAUAUAUUGAGAAUUCUGCGAGAAUUCAGAUGUGACAUGGUACCGCCUCUUGUGCGAUGAUAUGUCCUUGCUGCCCUCUACAUGUGGUAGAACAACUGGAGUCUGGACCCAACUGGGUACACUCACUGACUCGGGAGGCUUCAGGUCAGGCCUCAGUGUCCUUAGUAUUUGUCUCUCAGGAGGGAUCUUCUUUCCCAGAUGUGGGGUCUGGAUUUAGCUCCUACAAGGCCCGCAUCUACAGUAUUUGUCCUUCCUUCCAUCUUAUACGCUUAUCCCUAUUGGAGUCACCAGGGGUGCUGGUGCCUAUCUCCAGUGGUCAAUGGAGACAGGCAGUGGUGGGAUCACCCUGGACAGGUCACCAGUCCAUUGCAGGCCCAGAUCCACUUUCCCAAAGUAUGUUGAGAAAGUUGUAUGUAUGAUGGCUAAUGCAUGGGUGCCAUCCAUGUGCUCACUAAGACUUGCACCUUGCAAGUGACAUCUUACUCUUCUGCCUGCACGAGUAAGAUGUCACUCUACAAGGGGUCUGCCAUGACUGGGGUGCUGCUGGACACUAUGCACAGUGUAGCCUCCUGGAAGUCACCAAGCACCUUUGCUCGAUUAUACCAGGUGAAUGUAGCUUUGCCCCAUCCCCUCCAAGGCACCCUGGAGCAGCAUCCUUCUACAUCCAACUGAGGUAGGCAGUGUAGUGGCUGUUCUUUUAGAUUUUGUUGACAUAAGUCAUCCAGUGCUUAAAACUCCACACUCUCGCGGUCAGUACGGAUAAAGUACAACAAAAUUUACGACUGUAACUGCGGUUUGAUCAAUCCAGGAUGACCACCAGAGUACUCGGUCCAUUGGAAUCCUUGCAGCGCGUAUGAAGAUUGAGGGAUUGAGCGCCAGGUAUCAUGUGACUUGAGUCACAUGGGUUACUGGCAGGUGACUUGAGCAUGCGCAAGAAUGAUCAUUCAGUGCAUGAAGCUCUGUCUCUGGCUGUCAUCCGGGAUUCUUAGAACUGCAAAGUUAUAACUUUCGUUUCAGUGUUCCUUCGGGA